CCGCCAGCUCUUCCGGGAGCCCAGGGCAUGAACGGCUACGGCUCUCCCUACCUGUACAUGGGCGGCCCCGUGUCGCAGCCGCCGCGGGCGCCCUUGCAGCGCACGCCCAAGUGCGCGCGCUGCCGCAACCACGGCGUGCUGUCCUGGCUCAAGGGCCACAAACGCUACUGCCGCUUCAAAGACUGCACCUGUGAGAAGUGCAUCCUUAUCAUCGAGCGGCAGCGGGUCAUGGCGGCGCAGGUGGCGCUGCGCAGGCAGCAGGCCAACGAGAGCCUCGAGAGCCUCAUCCCCGACUCGCUGCGCUCCCUGCCGGGACCCCCGCCGCCGGGAGACGCCACCUCUGCCCCGCCGCUGCCGACCUCGCAGCCGUCUCAGGCACCGCCGCCGCCGCCGCGCCCCGCUGUGGAGUUGGCUGCUGCCGCCGCGCUGCGCUGGGCCGCGGAGCCCCAGCUUGGGGCGCUGCAGGCGCAGCUCGCCAAGCCAGAUUUGACUGAAGAACGACUCGGGGACAGCAGCACAGCGGACACCGCUGAGACCUUCAGUGACAAAGAUACGGACCAGAGGAGCUCCCCGGACGUGGCCAAAAGUAAGGGCUGCUUCACGCCAGAGAGCCCCGAGAUAGUGUCGGUGGACGAAGGGGGGUAUGCGGUCCAGAAGAACGGAGGCAGCUCCGAGAGCCGACCCGACAGCCCCAAGUACCCCGGGGAGCAGAAUCACCUCCUGAUCGAGGGCCCCUCGGGGACCGUGUCUCUGCCCUUCAGCUUGAAAGCCAACAGACCGCCCCUGGAAGUGUUAAAAAAAAUAUUCCCCAACCAGAAGCCCACGGUGCUGGAGCUGAUCCUGAAGGGCUGCGGGGGCGACCUGGUGAGCGCCGUGGAGGUCCUGCUCUCCAGCCGCACCUCCAGCUUGGCCGCGGACCGAACUGCGGCAGAGCCCGAGGGCCUGGUGCUGCCCUCCAGCGGGCACAUCUUUGAACACACCUUGAGCUCCUACCCCAUCUCCUCUUCCAAAUGGUCCGUGGGCUCGGCCUUCAGAGUCCCAGACACGUUGAGGUUUUCCGCCGACUCCAGUAACGUGGUCCCCAACCCCCUGGCCGUGCCCCUGCAGCACCCGUUCCCCCAGCCCCCCCGGUACCCUCUGAUGCUGAGGAAUACUUUGGCGAGAAACCAGUCGAGCCCCUUUCUUCCCAACGAUGUCACCCUGUGGAACACCAUGACGUUGCAGCAACAGUACCAGCUGAGGUCCCAGUACGUCAGCCCUUUCCCCACUAACUCUACAAGCGUCUUCAGAAGCUCACCUGUCCUCCCCGCCCGCGUCCCCGAAGACCCUCGGAUACCCAUCCCUGACGAUGGGUGUCCCAUCGUGUCAAAGCAGUCCAUUUACGCUGAGGACGACUAUGAUGAGAGGUCUGACUCCUCAGACUCUAGAAUACUCAACACUUCAUCUUAAAGUGCUACCCGAUGGGUGGUGACCAGGUGACAUUGUCUGUGCAUUUGAACCCUG